AUGCUCAAUUUGGCUGCAAAUAAAAAAAUCUUUGGAUUCCAUCCUAAAUACAACAAACUAGGCCUCACUUACCUUUCUUUUGCGGAUGAUCUACUGAUUUUUUGUAAAGGUAACGUUAACUCGGUGGUUGGUGUGCUUAGUGUGCUUGACCAAUUCCAACCAUUUUCAGGUCUUAAGUUCAAUUCCUCUAAAUCAGAGCUCUUUGUUGCGGGUAUUCCCAUAAGCAUCAUUGACAUCAUUAAACGGGUUUCUGGCUUUAAAAUUGGCCCUCUUCUUGUCAAAUAUCUCGGUAUUCCUCUCGUCUCUCAUAAGCUCAAUGACAAAGAUUGUGAAGCUUUAAUCACCAAUAUCAAACAAAGGCUACAAAUCUGGUCUGGUAGGAACUUAAGCUAUGCAGGAAGACUUGAAUUGAUUAAAACUGUUCUUUAUAGUGUUUGUAAUUAUUGGUGUAGACAGCUUAUGCUGCCAACUUCUAUCUUAAACAAGGUGGAGCAGCUAAGCUCCCGUUUCUUCUGGAAAGGCACGAAUACAAAGGCUGUUGGAACCAGAGUUAGUUGGGCACGUAUCUGUCUUCCCAAGUCUGAUGAAGGCCUUGGUCUGAAAAAUUUAAAAAAUUGGUGCAGGCUUAAUAGUUAUGUCUUCAAGAACCAGAAUUUCUGGCACUUUCAAGCUGGAGCAACUGUUAGCUGGAGCAUUAAACAGAUUCUUAAACUGAGAACUGAUGCUUUCUCGCUCCUCACUACUGGUCAUUUGCAAACCAAAGAUUUUUGGGAAAUUACUCGAACGCAAGAGCAGAAGGUUCUUUGGCAUCAAUUAAUAUGGUUCCCAAUGCAUGUUCCCAAGCACAGUCUGAUUGCUUGGAUGGCUCUCCUCGAUCGUCUUCCUACCAGAGAUCACCUCAAACGAAUGGGAAUCUGUUCUGAAGGUAUUUACGUCAAUUGUAACUCCUUCCAAGAGACACGGGACCAUCUCUUCUUCAUCUGCCCUUUGGAAGCCAAUCUCUGGAGAGCUAUACUGUUGCAUAAUGGUAUGAAUACCUCUUUCACGUCUUAG